AUGAUAAGACUUAACUGUGAUGAGGAAUUUUUUGAUAUGAUAGAAGUAUUUAUUUCAUCCAAGAUACGUGAAUUACAAUUUACUAAUGAAGAAAACAAUGAUUCUGAAUCUACUCGAUCUAUUUCUGAGUCUCAACUAGUUGUAGCAAAUCUGUUCAUGACUAAACGUCAUGGUCGACUAUCUAAUCAACUUAAGAAUGCAUUAGAAGAUAUUAUAGGCACACAUCACAAUAUGUUUGGCUUCAAUAAGGUAGUUUUGGAAGGAAGUAAUAUUCAAGAAAGAAAAAAGAACAAAUGUACUAAAUGCAGGGA